AUGAACACCAUGGCAGAAGCCAGACUCCAAACUCAGCAGAGAAGCAGCCAGGAUGGUCGGGAGACCAGCCUGUGGUCCUCAGGCUUUGGGAUGAAGCUGGAGGCUGUCACCCCAUUCUUGGGGAAGUACCGCCCCUUUGUGGGUCGCUGCUGCCAGACCUGUACCCCUAAGAGCUGGGAGUCCCUCUUCCACAGAAGCAUAAUGGACCUCGGCUUCUGCAAUGUGAUCCUGGUGAAGGAGGACAACACCAGGUUUCGGGGCUGGCUGGUUCGGAGGCUCUGCUAUUUCUUGUGGUCGCUGGAGCAGCACAUACCACCCUGCCAGGAUGCCUCACAGAAGAUCAUGGAAAGCACUGGGGUGCGGAACGUCAUCUCAGGGAGGGCUCCAGGAGGGGCUGGGGAAGGCCCGGUGCCCAGCCACGUGAAGAAAGAGGUACAGCGCAUCUUGGCCCACAUCCAGGCCCCGCCCCGCCCCUUCCUGCUCAGGCUGUUCAGCUGGGCACUGCUGCGGUUCCUGAACUGCCUCUUCCUGAACGUGCAGCUUUACAGGGGCCAGAUGAAGAUGGUCCACAAGGCCGCCCAGGCGGGCUCGCCGCUCGUCUUCCUCUCUACCCACAAGUCAGUCCUGGAUGGCAUCCUGCUGCCCUUUGUGCUGCUCUCCCAGGGCGUGGGCGUGCUCCGUGUAGCUUGGGACCCCCGCACCUGUUCCCCCAUCCUCAGAGCUCUGCUGAAGAAACUCGGCGGGUUUUUUCUGCCCCCAGAGGCCAACCUCUCCCUGGACAGCCCUGAGGGGGUUCUUGCAAGGGCUGUGGUCCACGCGGCCUUGGCCCCUCUGGGGCUGUGGACAGGCCUUCUGGCUGUUCUACGGAGCCUGCGACGCUGGGGCUGCAGCCGCCGAGUCUGUGUCCGUGUGCAUCUGGCCCAGCCCUUCUCCCUGCAGGAAUACACCAUCAACGCCAGAAGCUGCUGGGGCAGCAGGCAGACCCUGGAGCAGCUGCUGCAGCCCAUAGUGCUGGGCCAUUGCACCGUUGUCCCCGACACUGAGAAGGAGCAGGAGUGGACGCCUAUGACCGGGCCCCUUCUGGCCCUCAGGCAGGAGGACCAGUUGCUGGUCAGGAGGCUGAGCUGGCACGUCCUGAAUGCCAGCGUGGCGAGCUCCGCGGUGAUGAGCACGGCCAUCAUGGCGACGCUGCUGCUGUUCAAGCACCAGAAGCUCCUGGGGGAGUUCUCCUGGCUGACAGAGGAGACGCUGCUGCGUGGCUUUGACGUGGGCUUCUCGGGGCAGCUGCGGUGCCUGCUGCGGCACACGCUGAGCCUGCUGCGGCCACACGUGGCCCUGCUGCGCAUCCAGCAGGGGGACUUGCUGGUGGUUCCGCGCCCCGGCCCAGGCCUCACGUCCCUGGCACGCCUGAGCGCCGAGCUGCUGCCCACCUUCCUGAGCGAGGCUGUGGGUGCCUGUGCUGUGCGAGGGCUGCUGGCCGGCAGGGUGCCGCCCGAGGGCCCCUGGGAGCUGCAGGGCAUCGAGCUGCUGAGCCAGAAGGAGCUGUACUGCCAGAUCCUGCUGCUGCUGCACUUGCUGCCACAGGACCUGCUGCUGCUGCAGCCCUGCCAGUCUUCCUACUGCUACUGUCAGGAGGUGCUGGACCGUCUCAUCCAGUGUGGGCUCCUUGUGGCUGAGGAGACCCCUGGCUCCCAGCCAGCCUGUGACACAGGGAGGCAGCGUCUGAGUGCAAAACUGCUGUGGAAGCUGAGUGGGGACUUCACCGACAGUGACAGUGACGACUUCGAGGAGGCUGAGGGCCGGUACUUCAGGCUCAGCCAGCAGUCGCGCUGCCCCGACUUCUUUCUCUUCCUCUGCCGCCUGCUCAGCCCAGUGCUCAAGGCUUUUGCGCAGGCUGCCGCCUUCCUCCACAGGGGACAGCUCCCAGAUACUGAGGCCGGCUACGCGGAGCAGCUGUUCCAGUUCUUACAGGCCACAGCCCAGGAGGAAGGGCUCUUCGAGUGUGCGGACCCAAAUCUUGCCAUCAGCGCUAUCUGGACCUUCAGAGACUUGGGGGUGCUGCAGCAGAUGCCUGGCCCCACAGGCCCCGUGCUCCACCUGUCCCAGGCCUUUGCCAGCCAGGAAAGCCAGGAAAAGCUGGGACAGUUCAUCCGGCAGUUCAUCUGUAGCUAGAACUGUGGGGAGGAGCCCUUGCUGAGACUCUUCAGCCCUGGAACACAGCCCUGCCCUGGAGCAGAAGACUGAGUAGCUGGACUGUCAGAUCUUUGCAGUUUGACUGUGCCUUGCUUUCUGCAUCCUUUGCUGCAAUAAACUAGAGACUGGAUGAGUCCUCGUUGCCCAGCCU